CGAGUAUUGACGGUAUUUAGUCGCGGUUUGCGCUUGGUCUAGUGAACUCGCGUCUAAUAAUGUACGUAAAAUAAACACGAGUUUACAAACUUAGUUAUAGUUAUAAUAGUCGUAAAGUCUGAACGUAUAGUCCGUAUAAUUAUCGCCUUGAACUUAGUAUUUUGUGGUUUUCCUUAAACUGUGAUCACGAUGACUCCGAGAUUUUUUGUUUUAUUCGCUGCGUGCUUCGCCAUAGCAGCUUCAGCGAACAUGUCCCUCGAUUCUCAAGUACUCCAAGAGGUGUUUGGCAAUAGGAAUGGUCCUGCACCUUCUCAACAGGCCGUUCCGCCUCAACAGGCUAUUCCACCUCUACAGGCUAUUCCAGUGACUCCUUCACCACCAGAUGACGUUUUCAGUCCAUCGCCCGCGGAUUACGACCAAUUUGAUUGGACGCUGACUAAGCGAGUAGCAGCAGUAUCAGAUAAGAAUUUCCUCAUAUCUCCUCUUGGCUUGAAGCUGGCCCUGGCUAUUCUCACGGAAGCGGCCACAGGAGUCACCCAGAAUGAGCUCUCGUCCGUCCUGGGAUUCGACCUAGAUAGAAACGUAGUCAGAUCGAAGUUCUCAACUAUAAUUGAAUCUUUACAGAAAGAGUCACCAUACUACAUUCUAAACCUAGGCAGCAGGAUCUACGUCGGCGACAACACGCAUCCGCGACAGAGGUUCGCUGCCAUUGCGCAGGAGUUCUACAAGACUGAGCUAAAGAAUGUCAAUUUCAACAACCCGGCCGUCGCCUCCAAAGAGAUCAAUGCCUGGGUCUCGAAUAUCACACAGGGACACAUUCCAUCACUGGUGAAUGAAGAUGACGUGGCAAACAUGGUGGUAUUGGUGCUGAACACCCUCUACUUCAAGGGUAGCUGGCAUCAUCAGUUCCCUCCCAACGCCACUCACUAUGGGAAAUUCAACGUGUCUCCCCAACUCGUGACGUUCGUCGAUUACAUGAACGUGAACGCCAAGUUUUUCUAUACCGAGUCGACUAAAUACGAUGCUAAGAUCUUAAGGAUGCCUUAUCUAGGUAACAAAUAUGCCAUGUACAUCAUCGUGCCAAAUUCACUGAUGGGUCUACCUCGAGUCCUGAACGACAUCGGUGGUCUUCGGCAGGAGAUGGAAAACCUUCGAGAGUACACAGUUGACGUCACUCUACCCAGAUUUGAGUUCGACUACACUUCGCAGUUGGAUGGCAUUUUGAGAGAGUUGGGAAUAAGAGCUGCAUUUGAGGACACGGCUUCCUUCCCCGGCAUCGCUCGCGGCCAGGACGUUGACCAACGACUGAAAGUAUCAAAGGUGCUGCAGCGGGCUGGUAUUGUGGUUAACGAACUGGGCAGUGUUGCGUACUCCAUCACAGAAAUAUCGCUGGUGAACAAAUUCGGCGAGGAUAUUGAAGCUACCGCCGAAGUUGUAGCUGACAAGCCAUUCCUGUUCUUCAUCCAAGAUGAGGCAACGCGGCAGUUACUCUUCACUGGCCGUGUUUCUCAACCACAUGGGCAAGAUGGAGUCCUUAAAGUAUAAGUUGAUGAGCUGCCUUCUUUAUAAGUUAUAAAAUAAAUUAUGUGUGAUAAAGAUUCGAUUUAAAAUAUUGUAUUUUCGUAGUAUGUAUAACUUAUUCAGCGCCAUUUUCUAGAAAAACUUCGUUACGUAUGAUACAAAUUGAUGUCGUUUAUACGAAAUAAAUAAAACAAAUAUUUUUAUGAAUUAAUUUCGAGAAAAUCAACUGAUCUCUUUGUACACUGAUCAUGAGUUUUCUCAAGGACAAGACGAUCGAUCGACAUUUCAGAUUUAGUCACAACACAAAUCGUCUAAAUAACUUGUAAACGUCGACCGUUUUUUAUAUACUUUUGAGCUUAAGGUAAACUCACACUGCCUUGGUUUCUACAUACAUUUUCGCUAGGGGGUAGUUGCUGACUUAUUAAUGAAUAUUACCUUUUCAAAAGAAAACAAUGUAAAAGUAUAAUUCGGUUUCAGUAAGUUCACAGUUGCCU